AUGUCAUCACUGUUGAAAGAAGAGAUGCAGCGUGUCUUGUUUAGACCAGAAAAACAGAAACUGGUGGAGUUUAUCGAGAUCGAGGAGGAGAAAAGUGGACGACAUUUCCUCUGUGUGUCCGUAUCUAAGAGCAAACAAGUCCAGAUCUCAGUGGUGCAAUGUGAGAAAGCUCGCCCUGCCAAAAGUAAGAAAUCCCGGCGUAUUGGACUAGAAGACCAAUAUGUGAGGACGGAGGUGUGGGCCCUCGGAGAACUGAGGAUUCUCGAUGGGAGGGACCCAGACACGGACGAUCCCUGUUUCCUGAUGCACUUCGGCACGGUGCGUCCUGUGAAAGCAGUGAACUGUGCCGCAAAGUAUUGCCUGGCCCGCUGUCUGGUUGCGCUCAGUGACUCACAUCAGCACACCGAGCUACAUCUUCAGAACUUUGACUGGACCUACAUUAAGCCGACGUCCAUAUACUCUGACAGAGGUGACUGCAUGGUCCUUAUGCGGAUCUGCUUCUAUGCCUUCAACCUGGUGUGUCUCUCCUUGUGUCCCGUGCCUUUGUAAGGGUUUGAAACUCUUGCCUCUGACUCCUAACACGGAACAUAG